CCCCCGUCGGCUUGGUGGCGGUCUAUCUUUCUACCUGUAGACCUACCCUGAAAACUACAUUUUUCCUACACAGAAAGGCGUGCGAGCUCAAACAAAAUGGAGAGAUAUUUGGACUUUUAACUUCGGAUCUCAAACAGCAGGCACUAUGAGCCAUCAACCAAGGAACAAGAGGGGGCACCGGGACCGAAACGGGGAGCGUCGAGAGAAUCGAGCAUCCAACGACAGGUACCCCGAGGACGACAGGCAGCCCUCGCCUGACAGGUCGUCUCGUCCGCCCUACUACCCUGCACAAGACAGACCUGAAACCAGCCAUGCACGGGACAGAGGAGCACGAGACGUCCCCAGAGAGAUACCCAAAGAAUCCACAUGCUCGCACAUAUGUUCGCGACGAGGCAUCGUGCUGAUGUGCUCGGUGCUGACCAACGCCCUGGUGCUGAUCUGCGUGGUGGCGGCACAGAUGGUGAUGUCCGGGCUGACGUCCAAUGGUGGCCUGGGCGGAUUCAACAUCAACUCCAACUUCAACCUGCAGGGCACGGAGCUGCAACAGGUGCGGGACCUGGACAUGCAGUACAGCCAGAUGCGCGCGCCGGGCAUCUAUGGCGGCCUGGCCUUCAGCCUGGUGUUCGGCGUGGGCUCCCUGGUGUUCGCCGUGUCGGGGAACAAGGCCCCCCACCACCUGCCCCGUAAGACCCUGUACGCGGCGCUGGUGUUCCAGGCGGUGGGCGCCGUGGCCUACGUGGUCGCCGUCGGCCUCUACCUGCACUUUGUCAUCGGCGUCAACGCCACGGACGUGUGCCAGAAGCGCGAGCGGCUGUACGCUCGCAACGGCUACACGUGGAUGAACUGUGACGUGGGCGGGGCCGACGCCGCCGUAGCGAUGUUUGGACUCAUCACGGCCAUUUUGUACGCCGUCGGCACCUGGCUCACCUUCACGACCAUCCGCGGCGUGAGGCGCUACCACCAGGACAGGAAGCGCCACGAGGCGGGGAGACGCGAGGAGAGAUCUCAGCCGCCGACCAGGGCGGACACGACCAUGGUGUGAGGCUCCGGGGGUGGGUCACACCGAGGGCGGACACGACCAUGGUGUGAGGCUCCAGGGGGGGUCACACCGAGGGCGGAGACGACCAUGGUGUGAGGCUCCAGGGGGGGUCACACCGAGGGCGGAGACGACCAUGAUGGGACACUCCGGGGGGUUCAAAGUGCAGAUUGUUUCCUUUUUUUUUAUUAAAGUUGAUCUAUACCAGAACUAACUUUGGUUAAUGCAAAUGCCGCUCCUGAAUGUCCCAAAUUGGUGUCAAGUGAUGAUGUAUCUGGACCAAUACUGGUCACUGUGUGAUAUCACCCGGCACUAGUCUGACCUGAGAUUUUAUUUGUACGUUUACUUUUUAAUAACUCCUAAAGGAUCCGUGAAUGUUAAUUUCAUCUAGUGCCUCAUCAAUUUUAAGCUUGUUUCAUAGGGUUUUGCAAUCAAUGUUUUUUAAUGUUUUAUGAUUUUGUUGUAAAAUAAUGUAGAUAUGUUUAAUAAAAUACAUGAAAUUUAA